AAUUAAGAUAUGAUACCACGUAUCUUAUAAAAUAAAGAACUAAGAAUUUGGUAAAAUCCUUAUACAAUAUGGAUUAGAGAACUUCCAAUUCUAUAAAACACAAACGACUAGCACAGAAUGAAUAUGGAGAAAAUAUUAGUACUGGUAAUAGUCAAAGGCAUAACAUAAACCAACAACAAACGCCGGCGUCUUCAUCAAACCUUAAUUCAGAUGGGUUUGUCAUCAAUGCCCUUUGCGUCUCCUGCAAAGCCGUCGUUUUUAUCAUCGUCGUCGCGGUCCUCACAUUCUCGUUUAACCUGUCGAGUAUCCAUAGCUUGCAACAGCUCUCGCUCUCGACUACUCUCUCUCAGAAGCGUCAGAUGUGACAUGGCUCAUAGUCCUAUCAUUGAUAAACGGAUGACACUACCGAAGUUCUUGGAAUCUGCACAUAUGGAGAAUUCUGUCGACAGAAGUGUUUCAGGAAUGAAAUUGUUUUCUGGCUCAGCUAACCCCUCUCUUUCUCAGGAAAUUGCCUCGAGUUUGGGGUUGGAACUGGGAAUGAUCAACACAAAACGAUUUGCUGAUGGUGAAAUUUAUCUUCAAUUGAAAGAGAGUGUUAGAGGAUGUGAUGUGUAUCUAUUGCAGCCCACCUGUCCUCCAGCGAAUGAGAAUCUCAUGGAGCUUUUGAUCAUGAUAGAUGCAUGUAGAAGAGCUUCUGCCAAGACUAUCACUGCUGUCAUUCCCUAUUUUGGAUAUGCCAGAGCCGAUAGAAAGACUAGUUGUCGUGAAUCCAUUGCUGCCAAACUUGUUGCAAACCUUAUCACUGAAGCAGGUGCAAAUCGUGUUCUUGUUUGUGAUAUUCAUUCUGGGCAGUCGUUAGGUUACUUUGAUAUCCCUGUGGACCAGGCGAUCUGUGAGCAUGUGAUUCUUGAGUAUAUAACAAGCAAGGGAAUUCGUUCUAAUGAGCUGGUAGUUGUUUCCCCUGAUGUUGGUGGAGUUGCAAGAGCACGAUCUUUUGCUAAAAAGUUGUCUGAUGCCCCUUUAGCUAUUGUCGACAAAAGGCGUCAAGAACACAAUAUUGCUGAGGUGAUGAACCUGAUUGGUGAUGUUAAAGGAAAGGUUGCGGUUAUGUUGGAUGACAUGAUUGACACUGCUGGAACAAUUACAAAAGGAGCAGACCUUUUACAUCAAGAAGGGGCUAGGGCAGUCUAUGCGUGCUGCACGCAUGCUGUUUUCAGCCCUCCUGCGAUUGAGAGGUUGUCAAGCGGCCGAUUUCAAGAAGUGAUCGUUACAAAUACAAUUCCAGUGGUUGAGAAAAACUAUUUCCCUCAGUUGACUGUUCUUUCAGUAGCUAGACUGUUGGGUGAGACGAUUUGGCGUAUACAUGUUGGUAGCUCCGUCAGUAGCAUUUCUCAGUGAAGGCCAAAGUUGUUGGAGCUGGCUUCCUCCUCCAUUCAGGCUUCAGCUAUGAUUAAGGUCAAAUUUUCCAUUAGCCAUUGAAUUUGAUAUCCAAUGGUGGCGGCGGUUCCUUUUAUUUUUUUCAUAGGUUAUCACAACGAAGGUGGUCAGAUGUAGACUUUAGGUUCCAAAAAGUACACAAGAUAGGAAAAUCAAUACAUUCCUUUCUGUUCCUUCUCCUGUUUCCUUUUUUUUUUUUGUUCUUUUUAGUUUUUUAAAAUAUUCUUAUUAUAUAAUUUUUACAAGUAGAUGUCUUUAUAGAUGUCUUUAAAUUGGCUUGAUCGACUGCUAA